AUGAGCUUGUUCUCAGGUCUGGACGCCAAGACCAUCAUGAACCUCUUCCUCCGCGUGGGGCAGCUGCUCUCCACCCUCGUGCCCAUCUGGCUGACCAGUGAGGACACUCUGAAGGUGGGUGUAAUCAACUGGUGCCUGUACAUCUGGUGCAUCUGCUUCGGCCUGACCUUUCUCGGCUUCGUACUGGAGUUGGGCAGUCUCUUCAAACUGCCGUUAUGUAACAUCCAGUCUCUCCUCCGCCUGUCUGAUAAGUUCCAGUACCACCUCCCCUUGUCUUGGGAUGGCGUUCUCCACGCCUUUGGCUCUUAUUUUGCGGUGUUCUGCCUCUCAGCUGCCGUCAUCUUCGGCCCCACCUACAUCCAGUUCUUUUCUCCAGGCCCCGCCCGAAAUCGCGUCGUCACCGCCACCACCUGCUCCUGCGUGGCUGCUCUGCUUUACGCCAUCGAAGUGGCCUGGGUCUGUCGCCGACCCAGUAGAGUGUCCUGCUUUUGGCCGACCUUCCCAGGUGUGCUCAGGAGGCUGGAGAACUAUGUGGCCAACAUCAUCUUUGCCUUCAUCAGCAACACUGACCUGUCCCUGCAUCAGCCAGCCCUGGUGUGGUGUGUGGCUGUGUACCUCAUCUGCUUCCUCCUGGGGGCCGUGAACUACUUUGUGAAUGGGUGUGACUGUGACAAUGACAAAAAGCUGCCUCUCCGCGUCCCCUGUUUGCUGUGGGUGCAGACUGUGGUCUCUGUCCUCCUCUACGCCACCGCAGUGAUCCUCUGGCCCCUCUACCAGUUCCAGGAGAAGUUGGGGGAGCAGCCCCAGCGAUCCAGCGAUAUGACCUGCAGUGAUCAACUCAACAUCUUUGUCUGCGUCUGGGACCAGCGACUGGCUGUGGCCAUCCUGACAGUCAUCAACCUGCUGGUUUAUGUGGCUGACCUGGUGUAUUUAGUCCGAGAAGCUUUUUGGAGCAGCCCUGACCUCAAGGAUCUACAGGAGAGUGAGGAGGAGGAGAGAGAAAUCCAGCCAGCACCACCACAGGUGUGUGGGGACCCAGGAGGCUGGUUCUACCUGCCAGUCAGUAAAAUGGUUCAAGGGCUCCACCUGGUGGCCACUCACAGCCAGACAAGCAGCUGCACCCAACAGGUUCCAAAGUUCAUUAACAAUCAGCAGAUGUCCGGACUCCAAAACGUGGGCAACAGGUGGGCUAUUGAGAACACAUCCAACAGGGCUGCGCCCUCUCUCUGCAUGAAGGCAGCCAAGGGACUUGGAGAGGGUGAAGCUGGACCAGUGACCAUAGUCCCCCUGGUAGUACACAGCCCUUAG